AUGGCUAUAGGCAAAGAAGGGAACGUCAAGUGGGUGGAUGGCCUGCGAGGUCUCGCAUCGUCACUGGUCGUCAUGACCCACAUUGCGCGCGCGUUCGACGGUGAUCUAUUUUCGCCGGCCUCGGCUGAGGGCGCGGCACCCCGUCUGUUGCAGUUACCGUACCUCCGAAUCCUCGUACAGGGCCGUAUCGGCGUCUCUAUUUUCGCCUUCGUCACCGGCUAUGUUUGCGCCCUCAAGCCGAUCAAGCUCUCUCGCCAAGGGAACCAGGAUGUCGCCUUUGCCUCCAUGUCCAAGUCGGCCCUGCGUCGGGUGCCCCGUCUUGUGAUCCCGACCGCGCUGGCAACGUGUAUUAUCUGGGUCAUGGCCCAGCUUGGUCUUUUCCUCGUGGCCAAGCGAAGCGACAGUUGGUGGUCGGGAGCCACUGCACCGGAUCAGGUACCGCAUCUAGGCAGCGCUCUCUACAGCUUGUUUCAUAACAUCAUUACAACCUGGACGCACGGCCGCAAUGCGUACGAUGGAAACCAAUGGACUCUCCUGCCACUGCUGAAAGGCAGUCUUUGGGUCUACGUCUUCAUUCUCGCAACGGCCUACCUGCAGCCAAGAUACCGCAUGAUUGCCAGUCUGUCCAUGUUCGGCUACUUUUGGUGCGCAUCAGACUCUGCGUUUGGCAUGCAGUUCUUCUGGGGUGUUUUCCUCUGCGAUGUGCAGAAUGCCCCGGCUGCUAACGAUUUCAUUAUCAACCGCCCGCGUCUCUGCAAGUUGCUUGCAGCCAUCUGUCUUCUCAUCGGAGGUUUUGUCGCAUCGUAUCCCGAGGGUCACCCGGAAUGGCAGCCCUGGUCUGCUUGGUUGUUCCGUGUGCUGGUUCGCAUCCUCCCGAAGGACCCCGACUUUCCUCGCUUUGGCUCUGGCAUUGGUCUCGAAUUCAUCACCCUUGGUAUUCACUUCAGCCCCUUCCUGAAGGACGUCCUCUCGGGCAAAUACCUGCUAUGGCUCGGCAAGCAGUCUUUUGCGGUCUAUCUGCUACACGGGCCCCUUCUUCGAUGGGUACUCUGUUGGAUGGUUUACGGCACUCACCUCCCCGCGGAUGUCGUCAACGAUAAGGGCGAGACGGUACCGGGACAGCUACACUUCCCUGGCGGCUAUAAGCUCCUCAUCUGGUUACCAUUCUGGAUCCCUCUGAACUACGGAGUAGCUAUGCUCUGGACGACCUACGUGGACCCUUGGUGUGCGCAGCUUACGGAGCAAGUCGUCAAUUACGUGAAAGACUCGCCGGAUGAGAAGGAGGGUGGCGUUCUGUUGCCGCGGUAG